AUGUCUUUUCGUAAUAUUGAUAUUGAUAUUUUGGACGAGGAACAACUAGUUCAGGAAGAAUUAUUUGAAUUUUCGGAGGGGAAACCAAUUGAACCUGAGGAGGCAUUAAGUAAAGUUAAUACUAAAGGAGUUGAAGUUAGAAACUUGUUAACAAGAGGUAAAACAGAAGAUGCUUUGGCAACGGCUAUAGAUAACCCACCUUAUGGUUUAAAUACGACUGAAGCCAAGGAUCUAAAUACCAAAAUUGUUAUUGAAGUUCUCAAUUCUAUAAAAGCUACCGAUAUUCCAUCCUUAGUUAAGAAUUUAUCAUCUGAACAACAGGAUGUUUUGAUGAAAUAUAUUUAUCGUGGAAUGGCAUCACCCGAAUUAUAUAGCUCUGCCAUGCUAUUGAAUUGGCAUGAAAAGCUUACGGAGGUUGCUGGGGUUGGUUGUAUCGUUCGUGUUAUUACCGAUCGAAAGACUGUGUAA